AGACAACCACAACGUUGGCAAUGAUGCAAUGAUAUCAUUUCAGUAGUAAAGCUAUAGUUUAUUCAAUAUUACUAUCCUAAAUGACUAAUUAUUCAAAGUUUGUCAUGUAUACCCAUUCUUUUUUUACUACAUAUGUCAUGCUGCAUCUGACUUUUGUUACACAUUGUAAUAAUACACUUAAUAAACAGUCAACAAUGUCAUCACCAUCAGCUAUAUUUCUGUCCACAGAUGUGUAUAGUCCUGAAUGAAAUGCAGUGUCUAAAGUUUAAACUAUAUGAAUGAUGCUUCUGGUGGAAAUUAGCUUUCCAAAGAUAAACUACAGAACAUCCAAGACUGGUAGUCUCGUAGGUACAGUAGCUCCACUGAAUAUGGAAGUUUUAAUCAUGCAGAUCAGGGAUCUUUAAAAUUGCUCCCGUCUCUGAUAUUUGGACUCAAAUCUGAGUGCAACACAUUCCAUGGCUUUGGAUCAGGUCAGAAUCCACAGACUAAUGUGAUGAUUCUAUCCUCCAUGUUAUGUGAACCCUAUUGCCCAUCAUCCAUUGAAGACUGAUUUGCUUUUUGGCAUUAUUGAAUGCGAUUUCUGAUCUAUGCAUUUGUACCAUAGUAUUUCCACAGUAUCAAGCGACCCACAUCUAUGUUGCUUAGCAACUGAGUACUCUACUUCUGCGUGUCAGCAUUUCAAAGAAAUGGUUAAAAAAAACGACUUCUCUAUUCAACACCCCGUAUAUCAGAUGCUCGCUCUGUAGUUUAAGGUUUCAGAAACAACUGACCAUAUCCAGGUAACCUCUUGACACGUCCUAUUACAACGAACACACGUUUCAACUGGAAUGGAGAACAAAACAAAUGGAUCAGUGGAAGCUAAACUUGUGGCGGAGAAUGGCCAGCUGCCGGACCCUGCAGACUGGGCAUUUACUGAUGUCGUCAAUUAUUUCAAAGCUGCAGGAUUUGAUGAGCAGGCUACUGCUUUCCAGGACCAGGAAAUCGAUGGCAAGUCUCUGCUCCUGAUGACACGGAAUGAUGUCCUGACUGGUCUUUCUAUCAAACUGGGGCCAGCACUGAAGAUCUACGAGUACCACGUGAAACCACUUCAAACUCAGCACCUGAAGAGUAAUGCUAAUGCACCACUGCAUGCCCCUCAACGUGUAACAAGAUAAUCACGAGGCAGGACGGACAGACCAGUCCGAAGAGAUUUAUAGACCCAAGAGGACAGUGGAAGAUGACAGGGCUUAGAAAACUCUUGUGUGGUUGCAUCUUGCAUCCUUCUGAAAAUAUUAUUUUACCUAAACUUAACAGAUGCCAAAUGAUUUGAGCCAUUACGUUUGUUGGUAGUUAACUGAGUGGUAUCAGUUUAUGAAACCAAACAAGACUUUAAUUCUGAGGUCUUGGACAUCAUAAGAUCAUUUUACAGGUCUUAAAAAGUACAGGUUUAUUUUUUCUUCUUCGAAGAGUUAGUCUCAAAGCAAAUCAAGCAGAUUCAACUGAAUGGGUUAUUUAAUAGUGGACGAUCCUUUUCAGAUGGAUGCAAACGGUGCACUAGAUGUCUGACUUUGAUGCGCUCUCUUCUACCAUUGAUCAGUAUAUAUAUAUAUAUAUAUAUAAAUAAAUCAAACUAUGGAACAGUUUGAUGCCGGUUAAGACUGGAUGGUAAUUAGUUUGAACCAUACUUACUGAUCCUCCAUUACAGCCAUUUCUCUUUUCCUAAUAAGCCACUAUUUAACUUAAUCAAAAGAUGCAUCUAUGAACAUUAUGCAUGUCAAUUGUAAAUUUAAGCACAGGGAUAUAGGUUGCUGAAUGUGUUCUUUGAUUUCCUUAUUCUUAACUAUAUGGCAUUUUACUUUCGUGUUUGAUGUGGAUGCUUUUAUCACGCAUAACAGUGACAUGCUGCUGCCUUUUGUAUUGUAAAGUUUCCCUGUUCACAUUUUGCCGUUAGAAACUACUUGCAUCUUAAGUAAAGAUUUGAGAUGUAACACUGUCAGUCUUACCCAAGAACAAUUAGCAAAAACACAGUCAUGUAGAGAAAGAAGAAUAUUAAUUUCUAAAUACAAAAAGUCAAGAACAAUGAAUAAAAUAGAAAAGGCACAAUCAUUUACUUGAAAACCACACAGUGCCAUGAAAAAUAAACCCUUCUCAUCGUAUCCUCGGUUGGCUGAGAAUAGAUGGCAAGUCUUCCUGACAUGUUCUACACUUCAUAAGAUUAUGUGGCAGUGGUUUGCCGUUGGCAAUGAGGAGCAGUGUUGAGGUCAACUUUUUCCCUGUAGCAUCAAAACGAAGGCC